UUUUAUUUUAUUUAUUUUUUCAUAAAGUCAAUAGCUUUGCGAAUUUAGCGUUAUGGGUGUUUUAAAUUUAGUAUCUUUUUCAAAUUUUCCUUAACGGGCUUGCGUUAUUUUAUUUAAGUUCAGUUGGGUUUUGCUUAAAAUCAAAAAAAAAAAGUUAUACAUGAUCGUGGGUGUGUUUUCUUUGAAAAAAUCUUGAAAAUUCAAUAAUUUAUGAUGCCUGGUUCAAAUUCAUCUACUUGGAAGUCCGUCGGCGCCGGAGUUGCCCCGGUCAGGUUUCCGGCAGGUCUCAGAGUGCUUGUUGUUGAUGAUGACCCCACUUGCUUAAUGAUUUUAGAAAAGAUGUUAAAGAAGUGUAAAUAUGAAGCAACUGUGUGCAAUAGAGCUGAGAAUGGCUUAUCAUUGUUGAGGGAAAAUAAAAAUGGAUAUGAUAUAGUUUUGAGUGAUGUUCAUAUGCCAGACAUGGAUGGAUUCAAACUUCUUGAGCAUAUUGGGCUGGAAAUGGACCUCCCUGUUAUCAUGAUGUCCGCCGAUGAUAGCAACAGUGUGGUUAUGAAAGGGGUCACUCAUGGUGCGUGUGAUUAUCUAAUAAAACCUGUGCGUAUUGAGGCGUUGCAAAACAUAUGGCAGCACGUGGUUCGAAGAAGGAAACACGAGUGGAAAGAUCUUGAGGCGUUAGCAAAUGCUGAUGAUGUUGACCAACAUCAAAAAGUUCUGGAAGAUGUUGACAAUUCGAAUUCUGCUGAUGAAGGACGUAGCUGGAAAAAUGUUAAAAGAAGGAAAGACGAUGAGGACGAAGAUGAGGAACGGGAUGAGUCUUCUUCUUCUUCAAAGAAGCCUCGUGUUGUUUGGUCUGUUGAGCUACAUCAGAAAUUCGUACAGUCUGUUAAUAACCUUGGGAUUGAUAAAGCUGUUCCUAAGAAAAUAUUGGAGCUGAUGAACAUUCCCGGUUUAAGCAGAGAAAACGUCGCCAGCCAUCUUCAGAAAUACCGUCUUUAUCUUAAACGGCUAAGUCUCAACAACCCAUUUAUGGGCAGCCCCGACUCAGGCUAUGGAUCAAUGCCUUCACUCAAUGCAUUUGAGCUUCAAACUAUGGCUGCCAGUAAUCAACUCCCUGGUCAAAGCUUCGCGACACUCCAAGCUGCGGUUCUUGGUCGUUCGAAUAACUCAAAUUCACCAAUUAUGGCCCCAGAUCAAAGAAAGGUAUAUAGCUAUGAUAACCAGAAUCUGAGAUAUGGAGAUGCCAAAACUCCACAAUUACUUCAUGGCUUUCCAACAAAUAUGGAACCUAAGCAGUUCGCAGGCUUGCAUCAAUCUUUGCAAGAUUCAUUCAAUGGCGUUAAUAAUCAACUACUAAUGCCAAUGGUUGCUCAAAGUCGGUCACCGCAGCCUGCUUUGCCCAAUGGAAUGUUGACACAGGGACCAGGGAUGAAGGUUUCGGGAGGCGGGAUUGUUCCUGGUUAUAACAUGCCAAACAAUUUGAACCAAACCAGACCACAAGAUUCAGGCUUUCAAGAGGCUGGCUUGAACUUUAAUGAUGCAUCAUCUUAUUCUUUUUCAAAUCAAAUGGGAUCCACCAUAACUUCCUUGGCGGAGGAUGAAAUUGGAACCCACCGUAACGUCUUCAAUAAUCAAGAUGACCUCCUCAAUGCAAUUCUUAAGAUGCCGCAAGAAGGGUUUGGACAGCCAGACAACGAGUUUGGAUUUGACAGUUAUGCUUUGGAUGAUAUGCACCGUGUAACUUAGGCCUCAUUUUAGCAGUGUCUUGAGAUCUUGGUAGCUUAAUCCUUUCUUGGUAUUUAACAUUGUUUUUUCUUUUCGUCAAAUGCACUGCAUACGAAGGGAUAUGGGCUAGAAUUUUUGACGGUUUUUAUAGGCAACAAAUUGUUGGUAAAAACAACCAAAAAUUCAGUUUUCUUGGUUUGUGGCUUCUUUUCC